GACUCCGUUCAUCUCUUCCAGUCUCCACAAGAAGGUCUCAAAUCCCAGAAAGUGUGAGCUGAGAAGAAAUGGAGAUCAAGAUGAUGAGAGCUCCUUCUGUUUUGCUCACUUUCCUCAUCUCUGCUUUCCUGCUCUUGCCUGUCUUUGCGAGCAACAAGGUUUACAUUGUGUAUCUUGGUGGGCAUUAUCAUGGAAAAGACGCAACAGCAGAAGAUUUCAACCGAGCGACUAAUUUUCAUAAGGAAUUCUUGGGAUACUUCUUUGAAAGCAAGGAGAAGGCUCAACAAGCUAUCGUCUACUCUUUUACCAAACACAUCAAUGGUUUUGCUGCAUAUCUAGAUGAGGACCAGGUUGCCCAGAUCUCAAAUAUACUCUAA